UCAGAAGCUCCAUAGUAAUCGCUAGAAGUCGAAGGCAAUAUGAAGCUCGCUUUGUUCACAAUCCUGAUGGCGGUCAUGGGAGUGUCCCAGGCCACCGACUACUGCUCGUGGGACAUUUGCAACGGGGGCAGCCACAUCGCCUGCGGGCACAGCAAUUGGUGGGACAGCGCCUGUCCCGGGGACGCGGAACUGAUCGACAUCAACGACGACUAUAAGUGGGUCUUUGUCCACUCUCACAAUGAUAAGCGCAACUACAUCGCUGGAGGAUACGAUCCCAACCAUAAUGCCGCCUGCCGUAUGGCCACCAUGGAGUGGGAUGAUGAGUUGGCCUAUCUGGCCUCCCUCAAUGUUCGCCAGUGCAACAUGGUGCACGACAGCUGCCACAACACCGACGCCUUCAAGUACUCCGGACAGAACCUGGCCUGGCAGGCCUACUCCGGCGACCUGCCUGACAUGGGAUAUAUCCUCGACAACAGCGUCCAGAUGUGGUUUGACGAGGUCUACAACUCCAACAGCGGCAUUAUCUCUGGAGGCUACCCCGCCGGCUACAGUGGACCUGCUAUUGGUCACUUCACCGUGAUGAUGUCCGAGAAGAACACUCGUCUGGGCUGUGCCGCCGCCCGUUAUAACCGCGAUGGAUGGAACCAGGUGCUUGUGGCAUGUAACUACGCCACUACGAACAUGAUCGGCGCCCAGAUUUACUCCAGCUGCGACUAUGGAUCCCAGGGCUGCAAUUCCGGAUCCAAUGGCGAGUUCGGCAACCUCUGCUCCAACUCCGAGUGGUACGAUGUCAACAGUUGGUAAACAUUUCAAGAUAAAUAAUCCUCAAAAUGGAAGCCCAAAAAAUAAAGGGAUUCGGCAAUUUAUUAUUCAGAUUUAUUAUUCAAACUUAAA